GUAGCACUGGCUGCUGUCGCCGAGGAGCUAUUCGCUGUGGGAGGGUUUGAUGGCACUGCCUAUCUAGAGACCGUGGAAGUUUUUAAUGUUAAGGAGAAUCAGUGGAAGCAUCACAGUCGCAUGAAUGAUCGGAUCGAGUGGAGUCGUUACUUCCUGAUCGCCACUGUAGUGUCUCUGUCUGGUAGUACAGCCGGAGAAGGUGAAGCAUUUGAUGCUGGAGGUGACACAAAAGAAUGA